UAACUAGAAAAUAUCAUGAAGCUGAACAUCAAAAGUGCUUUAGAUUUGCUUAAUAGCGGUAAUUUUCAUAUUCGAAAGGGCAGACUCAGCAGUCACAUGAAAGAGAAUUCGGAAUUACGUUUACGACCUUACUCAAAACUGUUCCAAAGCCAAAAGGAUAUACCAGAAAAAAGAUAUACCAGCAUAACGUCUUCCUUGAACGCCAAGAUGAAUGAAAAGGUUUUGCUGAAUAUUCUUUUAUUCGUUCUAAUUCCUUCUUUUGCAAAGCUACAAAGGUAUAAUGAGACAUCAAAGAUGAUAGAUUACUUGUUAGAUAAAGAGCAAUAUGAUAACAGACUCCGCCCUGGCUUCCAGGAACAAAUCGUCAAUGUAACGGUUGCCAUGACGAUUGUGCACUUCGGACAAAUUCGAGAAAAAGAAAUGGAUUUCAAUAUAGACAUAUUUUUUUAUCAAGAAUGGUAUGACGAAAGGCUUGUUCACUCCCUUCCAUAUCCUAUAAACCUAAGUGGUGGUAAUCACAAUCAUCUCGUUUGGAUGCCAGAUACCUUUUUCUUAAACAUCAAAACAGCCAAGACCCAUGACGUACCCUCAGAAAAUACCAAAGUCACAAUUCGGAAUAAUGGUCUGGUUAGGUAUAGUACCAGAUUAACAUUAACAGCUGGAUGUGAAAUGAACUUACUGGAUUAUCCUCUGGAUGCACAAACAUGCAGUCUCACUAUAGUGAGCUAUUCAUAUCCUAUAGAAGACCUUGUCUACGAUUGGGCUGGAAGUACUGACGAAAGUAUUGAAGUCAUGAACACAGCCAUGAAUGAGUUUACCCUAGAAAGCAUAGCACUCCAAAAGGAAAACUACAAGUAUAAGGCUGGUUACUGGACACACCUCAAUGUCUUGUUUACCUUCAAACGCAGAAUUGGGUAUUCGAUGUUACAAGUCUACGCACCAAUAUUAUUGAUUGUAACUUUAUCUUGGCUGUCUUUCUGGAUCUCAAAAGAUGCUGCUCCAGCAAGGAUAGCUCUAGGCAUCACUACUGUGUUAACUAUAGUCACACUGAUGGGAUCAUUAAGGAGCGAAUUUCCAAAGGUAUCAUAUGUCAAGGCCAUCGAUCUAUUCUUCAUUGUCUCUUUUCUGUUCGUGUUUGGUACCAUUAUGGAGUAUAUACUGGUGCUAGUGAAAUGUGCCAUGGAGGAAAAAGCAGAGAAAGAGAGAGAAGGCAGACAUAAGCAUCUUGCGCAGGAAAUGAGAAAAGAAUAUGCGAAAAGUUCUUCCUUCAAUAAAACUCGAGUGAAUGCCAGAGAAAUCCCGACAGAAGAAGGCAUCGAAGUUUCCCAGAAUGGCCAGGAACAAUCGUCAUGUGAAAACCAACGACAAGCUUCGCAAAGAAUGGGAAUGCCAGGAAGAACAAUCGAAAAAACUAAGAACCUGGUACGAUUUGUACUCUUCGAGCACGACGCCCAUGUAGUGGACCGAGUGUCUAGGGUCGCUUUUCCGUUGGCUUAUUUGCUUUUUAAUGUUGUAUACUGGAUGUAUUAUUCUUUUGCAUCCUUCUCCUGAAAACCUUAUUGGAUAUUGUUUUCAGCAUAAGUGAUACUUUUUCUUAACUCCUUAGCUGUAAAUACCGAGUAGACAUAACAAAAAUUAUGCGUUCAGUGUGUGUAAUGAAAUAGAGAGAAUAAGAGAAAAAUAUCAAAUGCCGGAAUCGAACCCACUCGGUAUUCAAGUCCGAUGUGUUAACCACUACACUACAAGGACCAACCAUGCUGGUAACGCAGCCGGAAUAUGAAAUACGGUAUAUUCGUAAGGAUCCCAGAGCGAUAUUUGUUUCUCUAUAGGUAUUUGUAAGAUUGUAAGAUGCGUCACUAUUGCAGCAUCCAAAGCUGAAGAGCGAGUAGUUAGAAGUAGUUAUGCACGUUUCUAUGGCGCGUUUCAGAGGACAAAAUUAUAUAUGUGUCACUUAUACCAUUUGAUUUUUGAAAAACAAUCUUUUUAUGCAUUAAAACCUUUGAAAACA